AUGUCCGGGGAUGUUUUGUUUGAUGACGGACUUUCCGCAAGGGAGUUGUUCGGUGAACAAGCUGGAAUUACUUACAAUGACUUUAUUAUACUACCGGGAUAUUUGGAUUUCCUUGCUAAGGACGUCGAUCUCACAGCUAGAUUAACUAAAAACAUUGAUAUAAAACUCCCUCUUAUAUCUUCACCAAUGGAUACUGUGACUGAAGCCGACAUGGCCAUCGCAAUGGGGCUGUGUGGUGGUGUCGGUGUCGUUCACCAUAACUGCUCCAUCGACUAUCAAGUUAAUGAAAAAUAUGAGCAAGGGUUCAUAGUGGAUCCCAUCGUGCUGGGACCAAACAACACUCCAGCUGAUGUCCUCAAAAUCAGAAAAGAUCACGGAUUUAGUGGAAUUCCUAUCACUGAUACGGGAAAGAUUGGUGGCAGACUUCUUGGUUUAGUAACUCUCAGAGACAUAGACUUUUUGGAUGAAAGCCAACUGGGGUGUCCUGUUACUGAGGUUAUGACACCAUUCGAUUCGCUUGUCACAGCGAAUCAUGGAAUUCAUCUUUCUGAAGCCAACAAAAUCAUGCAAAAGAGCAAGAAAGGUAAACUUCCAAUCAUUAACGAAAACAAUGAACUUAUUUCUAUCGUUUCUCGAACCGAUUUGAAGAAGAAUUUGAAGUAUCCUCUCUCAUCUAAAGAUUCAAGGAAACGCAUUUUGGUCGGUGGAGCUAUUUCGACACACGCUGAUGGUUGGGACCGCGCGGAAGCCCUUCUUGGCGCUGGGGUCGACUUUUUACUCCUGGAUUCUUCACAGGGCAACAGUACUUUUCAGUUGGACAUGUUGAAACGGCUUAAAUCCGCCUACCCCCAUGUCGACGUGAUUGCCGGCAACGGUAUGUGCUACCCUUCUCGCCUAGUUGGGCUAAUUUCACGAGCCUAUAUUAAGGCACGGUUUCACGAAGAACUUCCUGCUGUAAACUUGGACACCAAACUUCCGUGGUCGUGUCCGGUUUCCUAA